AUGGCUUUGGAGUACCUGCUCGUCUACUGCACAUCGCAUGGACUGACAACCAUUGGCGAACCACCCCUGCCAAAGACAUACCAACCAGUCGGAGAAUCUCUCCUGCAGACUUCUCGCGCGAAUAAGCACUCCAAUUUAAAUUCGAAAGACGCUAUGCCCGUCUGGAUCGUACUUGUCUUUCUUACUCUAGCCACAUUGAAGUACUGUCUCUCUUUCGUUGUAUGGUAUGUUUAUCAGGUUAUCUCAACAGUUAUCAUUGUUGCGGACAGAAGAAUCAGAACCAUUGCAGCGGCUAGUGCGCACAAACACCCUGAGUCUCACCGUGCUCGGCUCGAUAGCUUGGUCCAGAGAAUGCGAGUCAUCAACCGGUUCAAAGCAGCUGGAGCUCAUCGACUCAGAGGAGUCUCAGUUGGCGAGGUCCGCCUGGAUCUCAAGCGGAGAGAUACGAUGAAAGAAAGCGGACCAGCUGCCAAGCCCAGCAAAAGCGCGGUGAUGAACACCUGGGAUCGCAUUACUAGCUACGCUUGCUUUCGAGGAUUCAUCGGUUACCUAUACAUGGCCGUUCCCCAGUGGUAUUUUGGGAUGAUAUGUGAUUUCUUCUUAUCAGGACAGCCUAGCGAGCUCAGCCUCGGCUAUGGGACGACAUCUAUCAUUCUCGCAACAAUGUGGGGCCCCGGACUUGCAACAUGGACGCAUUAUACAAUAACGCCCCCUAGGAAAAGUAUCAACAUCCAAGAUCACUUCCCAAAGGGCCCAAGCGUCCUCACAGAUCUAUGGCCCCUUACCGCUUCUUGGCUAGUAGCCGAGCAUUUGACUCUAAGUCUUCCACUGGCUCUCAGCCGCACCUUCAGGCUGAAGCACUACGCCUUCGACGUUGAUUCUUGGAAUACACUUGAUGAAUAUGGCCAAAACAAGAAGAUCAUGCAAUUCGCAUUGGUCUUCCUCCUGUACCUGAUUCUCGUAGCAGUUGUAGCAAUUCCGGCAACCAUGACGAUGAGAAGAGUCCACGCAUCCAUGCUUUCGGACGACGACCUGGCCAUCGUACCUUUCCACCGCGGCGAUAGAUCUCGAUUACAUCCCUACGACAAACGUUCUCAUAUCCGCCACCCGGGUUUGACCGUCGCGGAAGCAUUCAAUACAAUCACCUGGGACGCAUACCUUCGGGUACUGUUCGUCUAUUUUCAGUAUUUUGCGAUCAACCAGCUUGUCCAGUUGGCCUAUUGGAGCGCCAACUGGAAGCUGCAUCAGGUCCUUGCGGUCGACAAGUACGCGUCCACGAACCUUCCAUGCUCGCCUGUCAACAAGCUCCUACCUUUCGCCGAACGAAAUGCCUCGGCUGAGGCGUACAGGGGAUUCUUCCAUCCGAGUCCUCAUAGCGAACUGUGA